AUGGCGGCCCCAAUGAGAGAAGAGCUGGGUGGGGCGGUGGCGGCGUCCACAGAUAGUGUUGGAAGUGGCAAUGGCAACAACAACAAUACCAGCAGUAAUGCAAAUUUUGAGUAUGACGACAAUGAAUGGGAUAUUGGUAUAGGCGAUUUAAUUAUCGACUUAGACGCAGAUAUUGAAAAAACAGGAUCAACAUCUACAACUGCAACUAGUGAAGCCCUUGGUGUUACCAAUAGUGCGGCUACAACAGUCGGUUUAACGGCUGGUAGUGGAGCCAUGUCAGGAGCAGCUGCCACUGCACCCACAGCCACUACAGCUGGCAGCAAUAAAGCUACUGUUGAGCAUUCAGCUACUGUUGAUAAAGGAUUAAAAAUGAAAAUCAAACGAACAAAAACGGGGACUAAAAGCUUUGAAGCUAAACAUGAAAUCGUCAAGCCUGGCGAACAAAAUGGAUCUUUAGCUUCCACCCAAUCUCAGUCAAGUGGCAGUGCCUCUUCAAACGAUUCAUCUGGAUCUUCCGCUGAGUCCAAACAAACUGGUAAACAUUCCAGUACAUCUAGUACUAAUUGUACUACUCCUACAACCAGUACUACUUCCACUGUAAGUUCAGUAAAACGUGGAUCUAGCAGUCAUCGUAGAGAUAAAACAAAAGACAAACAACAUAGUUCAUCUACAAGUGGUGAUAAGUGUCAUAAAGUAAAUUCUAGUUUGUCUUCUGAACUUAAUGGUCGAGGUCCUGUUAGUCAAUCAGCUCCUAGAACCAGCACUUUCCCAGCUUUAUCAAGCAAUACACAGUCACCUAAUGUACCCGGUCCUGGACCACCGGUUGGAGAAGCAGGAACUUCAACUUCUUCAAGUGUGGCCAAUGGUCCGGAACAAAUUGUAUCACCCCCAGUAGUUCCAAUGGAAAAUACCCAAACUACUACAAAGUCUUCUGCAGCAUUGUCUACCUUAUCAAAACCUCUGCAAUCUACCUCACCACCCCCAACCAACAAAGUAAAGACUGCUAAUAGUUCAACUUCUGCUUCCCUAACAGAGCAAAAGGAAACAGCUGAUGCCUGUGUUGGUACUAGCAUCAGUGUUGGAACUGUUACAGAACCAGAUUGCUUUGGGCCAUGUGAACCUGGAACACAUGUUAAUUUAGAGGGAAUUGUAUGGAACGAAAUUGAAGGUGUGCUUGUUGUUAAUGUAACAUGGAGAGGAAAAACUUAUAUAGGCACAUUAUUAGACUGUACUAGACAUGAUUGGGCUCCACCUAGGUUUUCUGAAGCAUCUGCUGGAGAACCAGAAUGUCGUUUACCUCAAAAAGGACGUGGAAAAAGGGGCCGUGCUAGUUUAACCGCUAGCCCCAGUAACGAUUUGGUAAAUUUUACUGAAACCAGAUCUUCAGUUCAUAGUAAACUUCGAAGUAAUGGUACAAAUAAAUGUAAUAGCAGUAAUAAUUCAAGUAGAAGAGGUACAUCAUCACCAACACCGUCUUCGUUUGUACCACCACGUUCAGAUUCUAACAGCUCUAAUAAGAGGAAGAAGCCUCCUGGUUCUGAAGAUGAAGCUUCAGGGAAGAAAAUAAAAGCAGAGCCAGCAAGUCCACCACCUAUGUCACCUACUAUGUUAGAUUGCCCUGAACCAAAUUGUUCUAAAAAGUAUAAAAAUGCAAAUGGAUUAAGAUAUCAUCAAUCUCAUGCACAUGGUGCUGCUUUGGACGAUGAAGAUGCUGACACUAAAGAAUCUGGUGGUGCAAGUACUUCUGAAAACGAAGAUGAUACUAGUCCUGUUUCUGUGAGUAAUUCUGGUAUUCAAGAUAAUCUAAAAGAAGAUCAGCCUAUUGUCAUUAGUCAACCAAUUGAACAACCACAACUUUCCACAACUCCUCCAGUAACUGAAGUGGAUCCUCCAGCUCCAAUACAGUCUCCUCCUCUUUUAGUUACAAAACCUAGUGUUUUACGGUUUGGCCUCUCUGGAAAUGAAGAGACUAAUGUUGUUACCCCUACAUUGACUGCGCCUAAAACAGUUCUAUCAGUUCCUGUUGUUCAGCCAGCUCCUACUCCACCACCACUGCUACAGCCAGCAACUCCUUUACAAGCAAUUGCUCCUACUUCUCAGUCACCACAACCCCAACCACCAAUUUUACAUGUACAAAGUCCAGCAUCACAACAGUUACCUACACCUCCACAAAUUCAACCUUUAGCAUUAAAUCAGCCACAAGUUCAAAAAGUACCACAAUUCAAAGUAAAGCCAGCAUCUGCUUUAAUGCCCGCUGAAGAUAAUAUGAAAGUCAAUAAAGAUAUUAAAAAUAAAGUUGCAACAUCAUCUCAUAAAAAGAAAAACCGUAAAUCACCAGCUAGUAGUCCCAGACCAUUUUCCAUUGAUCAACCACAGUUUGAUAGCUCAAACUGUAGCCGCGAUGAUGUACAAAGUCCUGCAUAUUCUGAUAUCUCAGAUGAUACUGCACCAAUUCUUGAAGUUGAGAUGAAUGAUAGUAUGAAUAAACAAAAAUUGUCUACUACUGAUAAAAAGUCAGAACCAAAUACAGCACAUUCUCCUCAUCCUAUCCAACCAUAUAACCAUAUGUACCCGGCAUAUUAUGGUCAACCGCCUUAUUUGAUUUCCUCUGUUCAACCGAAUGACACAUCUAAACAAAUUAAAGAAGGUGAAAAAAUUAACCAACAUUCACAAGAUUUAAAAAUGUCGUCUUCAACUGGAGAUAAAGAUAAUAAGAAAGAUUUACAAUCAAAUCAAGCGGCUGAAUAUCAGCAACAAAAGCUUUUGCAACAGUAUUUUAAUUAUGAUUCCUAUGUUCAAAAUUAUCCUUAUAAUAUCGGAGCAGGAUAUCCAAUGUCUAUGGUACAAGAUAAAGAAAUGAAGCCUGAUGAUAAAAAUCAUCAACCUUCAAUGCCUGGUACUUUGAGUGUUCCUCAGCCUAAUAAAAUAAAAACUGAACAAAUAAUACCCAAAGAAAAACCUUCCCAUCAAAACGAAAAUCAUCAAAUUAUGAAAGAAAGCAUUGAAAUGAAGUCACAAAUGAAUUCAGCUUAUAUGUUUUCACGGCAACAGCAGCAGCAACAGCAGCAACAACAACAACAGCAACAACAACAACAGCAACAACAACAACAGCAUCAGCAGCAACAACAGCAGCAGCAGCAGCAGCAGCAACAACAGCAGCAGCAACAACAGCAACAACAACAGCAGCAAGAUGAUGUAAGACGUUAUUAUGUAUAUCCAGAUCAGAGACGGAAGGAUCAUGGUUCUGGUGAUCAUUCACAUACGAAAUCGAAUACACAAAGUACACCAACUAAGCAUUCUAUGGGUACUAACUCAAUACACAAGCAUAAAGAAAAACACGAAGACAAGAAAGAUGAUAAAAUGUGUAAAAGUUCUUCUCAUAUGUCAGAAGGAGUUAAACCUACAAUGGAAACACAAGGACCACCUCCACCUCCUACGUCUUCAUAUGCAUAUAUACAUCCGGGUUUUAUGCAGUCACCCCAUUUUGCUGGCGCUUUGGCAUUUGAUCCCAUGUACAGGAGUGCAAUGAAUCCUAUGUUGGUGCCUGGACCUUAUGGCAAUACACCACCACCCCCUUAUUUACAUCCUCAGCUACAUGCUCAAAUGCAACGGUAUCAUGCACCUGAAGAUCUCUCACGACCAGCUGUUUCUACACAGUCUUCAACUCCUUCCCAACCACCACCUGGGCCUAAGGCGGCUCUUGAUCUCCUACAACAUCAUGCUAGUCAAUAUUACUCUUCACAUAAGAUACAUGAAUUACAAGAACGUGCCAUUAAGUCGCCUACACCAAAACCGAAUGCACAACCGGGUCUAACGCCAGCUCCGUCACCAGGAACAAGGCAAUCUCCAUCUUUAACGUCAACUGGCAUAGUACCAUCUGCCACUGAACGAACUACGUCUACUGGUCCUCCUUCGUCUACCCAAUCUUCUGGUAAAUCGGGGUCAACUGGUGAUCCAAAAGACUGCCGUUCACCACCUCCUCAAAGGCAUGUACAUACACAUCAUCAUACACAUGUAGGUCUUGGAUAUCCACUAUAUCCAGCGCCUUACACGGGCAAGCCUUUAUAA